UGAUUCAACGCCGAUACUGAUUAUUGGAGGAUAAAAAAUAGUUUAUAUGCAGUAGAGUAGAGUGUGUAUGCAGUCGAGUAUAGAUUGUAGAGUGUAUAUCCAGUAGAGUUUAGGGUGUAUAUUCAGUAGUGUAUGCAUUAUUCAGGGUGUAUAUGCAUUAGGGUAUUGAGUAUAGAGUGUAUAUUCAGUAGAGUAUACAGUAUAGAGUGUAUAUGCAGUAGAGUAGAGUGUAUAUGCAGUAGAGUGUAGAGUGUAUAUGCAGUAGUGUGGAGUGUGUAUGCAGUAGAGUAUAGAUUGUAGAGUGUGUAUCCAGUAGAGUGUAGAGGGUAUAUGCACAGUUUUUUAUUUGUUUUGUUUGUCUGAAAUGUGUUAUAUUUGAAAAUACAAUUCUAUAACACUUUUGUUUGUACAUAGAGUGAAGACUCCCCCAGCAACACUGAGCUGACAACAGACACACAUCAGAAAGAGGAGUCGUCUGGGAGUGAGAGCUGUGCAGCGGUGGAUGUUCCCCCUACAGGAACUCCACCUAAGAACACUGCCACUCCUGCUGCCACUCCAACCGUACCCUCCAAACUUCCAACCUCUCUUAUCCCAUCCCCGUACCAGACAACCACGGAAGACCAACCCGAGGGUCCAUCAAAGGUAAAUGAAAGUGAACCGCUGGACGAGUCAAACACAAGCCAAACCCAACCUAGUUCAGUAAAAGAAGACUUGCCUGAGAAGACUGCCUCAUCCACACAUGAGACAACAGAUCAGAACACAGGACCUGCCUCAGUCCCAACUCAACCAGUAAGACAGCUGUCAUAUAAAGAAGCUCUGAUGGGAGAAACCACAGAGACAAGAACAGUAAAGAGGAAGCAGAGCGUGGAGAAUCAAGACAAGAGGCUUCCAAGCAAACACAAGGAACCAGAGAAGCAGAGUGAUUAUGGUGGUGGUGAUGCUUCUAAGUCAUCUACUGCUGAUUCCCCAACUGCAAAGGAAGAUAGUCCACCAAACCAAAGCAAUGACGAAGACUUCCAGCAGGUGGAAUCCCAAAAAAAUAAGGACAAGCAGAAAAAGCCAACCCAAAUGAGCCCUGAAGGGAGCAAGGAAGGGAGCCCUGAAGGGAGCCCUGAAGGGAGCAAGGAAGGGAGCCCUGAAGGGAGCAAGGAAGCUGGAGUCAUGAAUGAACAACAGACAUCCAGUAACCAGAGUGACAAGUGUACCAAGGAUGAAGCAAACUCACAGCCGUUUGUUGACCAAUCCCAAGUAUCAACUGAUGACCCAACAGAUAAGUCAAACACAAGACAGGAAGAAACAAAGAACGAAAACACGGAAAAGCAGUCACAGCCUCCCCAAUUCCCAACCAAAGUGCAUCAUGGUCCUGGUAAGGAUAACCUUACCAUUUAUUUUCACGCUGUUGUAUCCAAGCGUUUCAAGUUGGACCCAGCAAAAGACAUAGUUUGUUUGAGAUCAGGAAGUCUUUUUGAGACCUGGGAAACAAAUGGUUUGGAAAUGGAAAUCACAGGGAAUUUAGGAGAGAAUGGAUUUCUUGUUGAAGGACGAAUGGUGACCCCUAAAAAGAAUGUUGGUGUCUCCAUACCUUACAAGUAUGUUGUCUGCAAGAGAAAAGACAACUCAUAUGAGUAUAAAUAUGAGCACAUCUACCUAAAGGAUGCAAAGCAACAUGCCAACAGGUGCCUGUUCGUCAAAGAGGAUCUUUUGACACAUGACGGGGAGUGGCACCAAUAUGAUGAUAUCAUACGCACAGAACCUGACCAAAGUUGGAUAUCACGCUGCAAAAACAAGUUUGCAUGGUGGGAUGACUGCAAGGAAACGGUAGUGACGGGCAGACAGCUGGCUGGAAAGGUGAUGCUGGGAAACAUUUUCAAUCUCCUUCAAACAUGGAGUGACGUGAACAUCAGGAACUUCUUUACUCAACUCCAGCAGUUCUUCACCAAUUACAAAUCCCCCUUCCUCCAUGUGGAUGGUCCAAAGAAAUGGGAUCUGCCGUAUGGAGAAGAACAGGUGAAAACUCUUUUGAAAGAGUUCAUGCAGCAAGCUUUAGAUGGUGGGAACCAAAAGGGGAAUGAGAAGCGUGAGGAUUUUUUCUCUGAUCCUCUGAAAUUAGGAGUUAUUAUCCUGGUUGUCCACAUCAAUUACAGUUUAGAUGUCAGUGGACAUAUUUCUAAACUGUGUGAGUUACUCUGCCUGCCUAAAAAGCCAAGAGAAGUUUUCCUUGCAUACUGGACAGAUUUCAAACAAGGGCUACCAGGUGACAUCAGGGUUUCGGAGGCAAUUGAGACUCUAUUCAACUUUGCAAGAAAACAUGGAGUUGAAAAGUGGAUCUUGGUUAUCCCCCUCCUGCAUCUGCUUAGAGGGGACAGCAAGCCUUUUGAGGCUGCUCCUCUGACCAUGAAUCCAAAAUGUGACAUCUGGGCGGGGUUGAAAGGGAUCAAAACACCAGAAGGCUACACAGACUCGAUGUUUGAAACACAGGGAUUGAGGGAUUCCAUCCAAAUCAUGGAAAAACACAAGCACCUUGUGGCGAUGGACUGUCUCGUUACUCGCUCUUGGAUGUGUCUGUUGGGGCUGGAUAACUUGUUCAACUUUGCGUCAAUCAUCCCUCUUGAUGUCUUGGACACACUUCAACACCUCCAGUUUAGUCUGACUUCCAGGGAGAACUAUAAAUAUGAGGCUGUGAAGGACUUGUUGUCAUGGCUCUUCAGCAGAGUUAAGGAACAACAGCACAGCCAUGACGACAGAUAUGGAGACUUUUGCCUUAAAGCAGCUGUGAGCCUUCUGGAGACCAUUUGCAAGAAUAUGAAAAGUAAUUUGAACCAUGAGAUUCAUUUGGUUUGCCUGGAUCUUGUCAGUCUGAUUGCAGAAACGGCCUUCCAUCUCCAGACGAAGGAAGUGACAAAUAACCUUUUGGAAAACACGCGCAAAGAGAAGUUAAAGGAGACUAUGGCCAUCAUAAAGGAAUGGCUGCGAAUCACAUUCAAGAACAAAUUGGUUAAUAACAUUGAUUUUGCAUACGUGUCUGAGACUAAGGUCUGGAACAAGCUGAUCUCACUUAAAAUUGGUUCAGAAGAAUUCACCCAAUAUUGGAGAAAUACAUUCUUGAAUGAUUUUGAAGGAAAACUCAAACAGGAAACAUCCAUGCAUCAAAUUGAAAUAUAUAUCAAUAAGAUUGAGGAAGUGAGCAAGACGCUGCCAUUCUUGGAGAACUCAUUGGAGAAAUGCGCUUUGGAAGCAGUCACAGUCAUUUGUCAGGGGAUCUCUCAGGAGGCUCUCUUUGAACGGUUGAAAAAAGUUGACUUCAGCAAGUUUGAGAGGCUAAUAUCUACUAUUGUGAUGAAGUCCUGGCCCAAGACUGGCAAUGGAGAAUACCUGGAAGGGGAGGACUGUGUAGUGGAACAUCUUCUCAACUGGUCCAUGGCCAAAAGUGUCUUUCAAGUCCAAGGUGAAAAUCUGAAAAUGAUUGACCAUUUGUCAGACGAUGCUAAAGAGCGGAUGGUUGUGGCAAGCUCUGCGUUCAGUUCUGUCUCAGAUAAAGUCAUCAACGGCAACAUCCAGAUGAAGACUCUCAGUAAAGUCCUCUCAAGGAGAACAACAUUCAUUGAGCUUUUGAAGAUAGAUGGCCUGUGUGAAGAUGGUCGUUGUAAGGACGACACCACUAUGAACAGAUUACUGAGAUUUAGAGAAGAAGAAAUGGAGAAUGUGAACAGUUACAAGAAGAUGGUUGAGGGCCUAGUUAUAAUCUGUCUCCAACUCCAGGAGCAUCUGAAAGUCGAUGUGAAAGAGCUGGAGCUCAAAAACCAAAAGAACAUAGAUCAGAUGACGCUGGAUGAAUUCAUGGAAGUUCACAGACUUGACGGGCAGACCUCUGACGUAACUGGGGAGGUUACAUACUUUAACCUCUGUAAUGCCACCAGUCAGAUGGCAUUUAAACUAAAUGCUGUCAGGGAAAGCUUCAUUUUUGCUAUGUGCUUGGAGUAUCAAGCCAAAGAACUUUCCCACAAACAUAUUGACACUGACGAGAUUGAGGUGUACACUCUUGAUGUGAUCCACAGCAAAAUAUUCCAGGGUUGCUAUGAUAAUUACAAGAGGAUCUAUGAGAGUUUGAAAUCUGGCACUUUAUCAUUGGAGGAUGUGGAUAGCAUCUUUGAAGUCUACAAAGACAAGUACGAUGAGAUGAAAAAUGAUCUGGAGAUCAUGUGCAGAAUCAACUUGUCUGAUGAUCGAAGAUGGAUCAGGAGGCGAAUCAAGCAGAUCCAACAGUACCAUGACCUUCAUCAAGCAUUGGACUCAGCCAAGGUCAUUAUGGAUGUCAGAGAGACAAUCUGUCCUCAAGGGGACUUCAAAGUGCUACAGAGUUUGCUGGAUGUGAGUAAUGCAGACUUUAAGGAGAAGAGUCUGAAUCAAAUUGAUGACAAUUUGAUGGAGACUAAAAAGGUUCUUGAGGACAUCACAGAAGCUCGCAGACUGUGUCUUCAGGAGCUUGGCCUUUGGGGGAACUUUGUCAAAUGGGUCAAAGAAGCUCUUGAAGAUAUCAAUGAGCUGAAGGUGUUUGUCGACCUGGCCUCCAUCUCUGCUGGAGAGAACGACUUGGAUGUGGACCGUGUAGCCUGUUUCCAUGACGCUGUUCUUGGUUAUUCCUCGAUGCUGUAUGGGUUACCCCAAAAUGCUGACUUUAAUGCCUUCAAGGAGGCUUUGACAAAACUAUGGAAGGCGCUUGGAAGUGACAGCAACAUACCAAAUAAGCUGCGGGAUACUGCACGCCAUUUGGACUGGUUGAAAACUGUGAAGGACAGCCAUGGGUCUGUGGAACUCUCUUCUCUUUCUCUGGCCACGUCCAUCAACACAAGAGGCAUCUAUGUUAUUGGUGCACAUAACCAGAAGAAGCUGAGUUUAGACACUGCCCUGAAGCUACAGGUUCCAGACCAGCAGGAGGAAGGUCAGAUGCGCAACUACUCCUUAGAAGACCUGAGAGAUCUGCAAAACAAGCUCAUGCUGAUGUCUGGAAAGGGGGAGCAAAGCCAGAGUGAGGUGGAUCACUUUACUGAGGUUUUUGACAGUGUCCAGAGGCUAGCUGUAGCAUUUGUAGAUCUUUAUGCUGCUGGGAACCCACUUUUUAGGGUUUGGGAGGCCAAGAUUCACUGCAAUAUGGAAAGUGACACUGGUGUCACAAUGGACUUCAACCUUGGCAACAUCCUACGAAAAAUCAUGGUGGAGGGCAAUGCAGUCAAACAGCUUACAGACCUGUGCAGGAAGAUAGAGAUGUGUUUGGAUGACUGGAAUAGAUUCAUGGACAAACAGAGAUCUCAGCACUAUUACCUCAACUAUUACACAGCAGAGCAGAUAGUCUACCUUUGUAAUGUUUUGACCGAAAAUAAUCUGAACAAUAAAUUGGAGGAAAACGUCUUGAUGAUGCUCUCUUUCAUCAAACCUGACUGCUCUGUGUCAGAAGUAUGGGAGUCUUGGAUGACUUUUCAGAACCACGCCAUGAAUACAGCUGGGCAAGAGGAAGACACCAGUUGUCAGACUUUUAUUAACCUUAAAAGUGACAUGGAAAACUUAGAUUCCUCUUUUGCAAGUGACAGAAAAUGUGCCAUUGAUGUUCUACAGAGCGUUGUAGACCAGGCUGUUGGUUUGCGAAAACUGGAUCUGGUCUGGGAUGCCUACAUGAAAGACAUGAGGAACAUUAUCCAGUACUCUUUAGACAUCAGAAGCCUAGGCAGUCUGCUAGAGGUGUUGGCCAACAAACCAAGCCAGGAACAAGAGGAGGAAGAGGAGCUUUUAGAAACAAGUGAGAAUACAGUCAUUAGAAAGCUCCCCAAAGGCUUCUUCACUGGGCAACCUAAUCUCAUUAUCUGCCCACAAGAUAAAAUCUUGACUGCAAGCGUCUGUUUAUAUAUGACCAGUGAUGAUGAGCAGCUGCCUACUUACGAUGAAGUUCUCCUGUGUACCCCUGCCACGUCAUAUGAGCAAGUGGAGCUUUUCUUCAGACGAUGUCUCACACCGGGCUACAUGGGUGAGAAGAUCUAUGCCUUGCUCUUCGCAGACCAGUUGAGCUAUGAGGUGAGCUAUGCAGUGGAGAAGUUCUUUCAGAAACUGAGUUCAUGCUUUCGGAGCAGCUAUAGGCUGGUGAUCAUCUGCAGCGCAGAAAGAGAGCACAACUACAUUCCCUCUGCCUUCAGUCACUUCAAACGGGACAUUGUCCCUCAGGAGUCUCCUGGACGGAUACAGAAAUACCUGUCCCGGCACUACACUGUCCCCUCACACCAGGCCAGUGCUGCAUCUGUGUUCAAAGGUAGACACUUUGUUGGGAUUGUGUCUUCCAAGAGGGCUGGAGUUGGAAAAUCUCUGUACAUACAAAGGUUGUAUGAUAAACUGGAGGGAACCAUGAGAAUAGGAACCACAUUCCACAAAUGCAUUCGCUUAAUUGAGCCCAAGGUUGAUGAGUAUAUCAUUCUUCGGUCCUUGUUUGACACACCAGAGAAGAAGGAACACAAAGUCUUUCAUUUUGAUGUCACAUCCUCAGUACAGAAAGGACUGCAUGAAUUUCUGUUCAAACUGUUCUUCCUGCGUUACCUGGCCGAUUCGGAUGGGCUAAUGUGGAAAUGCAGCAGCAAGGACUUGUAUGUCAUCGAGACACUACAAUCCACACAUGAACUGCCCAGAUCUGCCUCAAGACCUGAUCCGAUGGGACACGUUCUUCUCUUUGAGGUCUUUCCAAAGGUCUUCUGCCGUCCCCCAAAAGAGGUUAUGUGGUUGGAAAUGAGAAAUGGAGAUGAUCCAGAGCAGAAAAGUGAAGACCCACUCAUGGAUGACCAGUGUUUUAGGAGUGAGGCCUUUCAAAGACCAUACCAGUAUCUAACACGGUUCCAUAGGGGUGAGAAUCUUGACAGCUUCACCUACCAAAGAGUUGAAGGAACUCAUGCAGAGUGCCUUCAAAUGCUCUUCAUCUACUGUGGCAUAAGUGAUCCGUCCUGGGCAGAGCUGAGGAACUUUGCCUGGUUCCUCAAUCUUCAGUUGCUAGACUGUGAGACAUCGGCCUUCUGCAACUUUCAGUUCAUUGGAGACACUCUUAGGGGAUUCAGAAACUUUGUGGUUGACUUCAUGAUCUUGAUGGCCAAGGACUUUGCCACUCCAUCUCUCUGCAUCACUGACCAGAGCCAUGGGAGGCAGCAGAUGGACCUCAAUGGACUCAACGAAAGGGAUCUAGCCCCGUUCCUCAUUCGAAAGAGAUGGGAAUCAGAACCGCAUCCAUAUAUCUUCUUCAAUGAUGACCAUGCAUCCAUGACCUUCAUUGGAUUUCACCUACGGGAGAACAAGAAGAAUGGGGUUGAUGCCAUUAAUCCAUCAACAAAUGUGGUGAUCAAGAGAAACAUUAUGACCAAAGAUCUGUACAAUGGCCUCAGACGUCAAAGAGUUCCAUUUAACAUUGACUUUGACCAACUUUCUCGGGCAGAUAAGAUUGUGCGUCUAUGUAGCGUGCUGGGGAUCAAGUGGCCAACAGACCCUGAUGAAACAUAUGAACUCACCACCGACAACAUACUGAAGAUGAUGGCAAUUCAUAUGAGGUUCAGAUGUGGCAUUCCAGUCAUCAUAAUGGGGGAGACUGGUUGUGGGAAGACACGACUCAUCAAGUUCCUGUGUGAGUUGAGAAGGAGUGGAGCGCCCACCGAGAACAUGAAACUGGUCAAAGUUCACGGAGGAACUACAUCUGACAUGAUCUACACCAAAGUGCACGAGGCAGAGGCUGUUGCGGUUGCCAAUAAGGAGAAACAUGGUUUUGAUUCUGUUCUUUUCCUUGAUGAAGCUAAUACCACGGAAGCUAUAAGCAGCAUUAAGGAGAUCCUGUGUGACAACACUGUGCAAGGACAACAACUUGGCUACCAAACUGGACUGCAGAUCAUUGCUGCAUGCAACCCUUACAGGAAACACACAGAUGAGAUGAUCAAGAGGCUGGAGAAAGCUGGUUUGGGUUACAGGGUCCGAGCUGAAGAGACUGAAGAAAGACUUGGAUCAAUCCCUCUUCGGCAGCUGGUGUAUAGGGUCCAAGUGCUGCCCCCGAGCAUGAUUCCUCUGGUGUGGGACUUUGGACAACUCAAUGACCACACAGAGAAAAUGUACAUCCAGCAGAUUGUGCAGAGAGUUGUGGGAAAAAAUUAUAUCAAACGGGUAUCCAUCAAGUUGAUCUCUGAUGUACUGUCGUCAUCGCAGAGAUUUAUGCGACAGAGGAAAGAUGAAUGCAGCUUUGUCAGUCUCAGGGAUGUGGAGCGCUGCAUGCAAGUUUUUGUGUGGUUCUACAAGAACCACUCAAUGUUUUCUAAAGAGUUAAGGGCACUCUUCCAGAAACAACCCCGGGGGGAGAGGAACAGGUGUGACCAGGUACCCCCACCUGCUAGUGAUCCAGUUGAUUGGUCGCUGUUGAUGGCUGUUGGUGUGUGUUAUCAAGCCUGUUUAGAGACAAAAGGUGAGUACCAGAAAGAAAUCUGCAAAUUCUUUCCCCGUGUCCUCCCCCAAAAUAUGAAGCAGGAAAUCUCACUCAUGCAGGAUCUUCUCCUAAGUGGGGUCCCAAUGGGAGAGACAAUAGCAAGAAACAAGGCUUUGAAAGAGAAUGUGUUCAUGAUGGUGAUCUGCAUUGAGCUACGAAUCCCCCUGUUUUUGGUUGGCAAGCCUGGGAGCUCCAAAUCUCUGUCCAAAACUCUGGUUGCAGAUGCCAUGCAGGGCCAAGCUGCACAUUCCGAGCUGUACAAAAGACUGAAACAAAUUCAUCUGGUGUCCUUCCAGUGCAGCCCUCACUCCACGCCAGAGGGAAUCAUCAACACAUUCAAGCAAUGUGCCCGUUUCCAAGAGAGCAAGAAUUUGGAGGAGUACAUCUCUGUUGUUGUGCUAGAUGAGAUCGGAUUAGCAGAAGACUCCCCCAAAAUGCCUCUGAAAACACUGCACCCCUUACUGGAGGAAGGCUGCAUUGAUGACGAGCCAUUACCCCAUAAGAGGGUUGGAUUCAUUGGUAUCUCCAAUUGGGCCUUGGACCCUGCUAAGAUGAAUAGAGGCCUCUUUGUGUCCCGUGGUGACCCAGACCAGAAUGAGCUAUUCGAAAGUGCGAAAGGCAUAUGCUCAUCUGACAAGAUGAUUCUGGAGAAGGUUAAGCACCUCUUCAAACCCUUUGCCAAAGCAUAUAUGAAGACUUGCAAGAAAGGCAAAGGGUUUUUCGGCUUACGUGAUUACUACAGUCUGGUCAAGAUGAUGUUUGCCAUCACCAAGAUCUCUAAGCAGAGCCCUGGUGUGAACCAAAUCAUUGAAGCAGUCCUGAGGAACUUCAGUGGAAGGGAUGAUGUGGAUGCAGUGUAUAUAUUCACCAAACAGCUGUGGGGCAAAUCGAAUAAACCUGAUUUGGAUGGGAUCAGCACUAUUGAUCUAGUGAAACAAAACAUAAUUCCAAUUUGCCAAGACGAGGAGUGCCGAUACCUUCUUGUCCUCACCAAAAACUAUGCCGCCCUCCAGAUUCUCCAGCAGACAUUCUUCUCAGACCAGAGCCAUCCAGAGAUCAUCUUUGGUUCCAGCUUCCCAAAGGAUCAAGAGUACACUCAGAUCUGCAGAAAUAUCAACAGAGUGAAGAUCUGCAUGGAAACUGGCCAGACUGUUGUGCUUCUGAACCUUCAGAAUCUGUACGAAAGUCUCUAUGACGCUCUGAACCAAUACUAUGUUUCACUUGGGGGUCAGAAGUAUGUCGAUCUUGGAUUGGGAACCCAUCGUGUGAAGUGCAGAGUUCACAAAAAUUUCAGGCUUAUUGUCAUUGAAGAGAAGGAGGUGGUCUACACACAGUUCCCGAUUCCCUUGAUAAACAGACUGGAGAAGCACUACCUGGACAUCAACACUGUCCUCAAGAAUGAAGGGAAGGAGAUUGUCAAACAACUUCAGGAAUGGGUCAAAGUGUUUGUCUCUUUGAAAAGCCAGCAAUCCAAGACAAACAGAUAUCUUCCAAAGGAUGUCUUCAUUGGCUAUCACUCAGACACAUGCUCCUCUGUAGUCCUUCAAGUUACAGAGAAGAUGAAAGAUGAAUCUGACAUUUCUGACCCUCAAAGAAGAGUCCUGGAUGAAGCCAAGUUCAUCAUGCUGAACUGUGCCACUCCAGAUUCUGUCAUUCGUCUGGAUGGGACCAAAUUGUCUGAUGUUGAGAUAGAGAAACUGACACAAAUAUAUUUUGAGGAGCAGAAGCACAAAUCCCUGGCUGACUUCAUUGCAUCUCACACACGGCUGGAGGAAUGGUGCCAUGCCCACUUUACAGAGGUCACAACGUUUUCCCGGCAAUUGACAGCAGGAGAUAUAAAACAGCUCCAGAAUAUCACAGAGCUUUGCGACAUCAAGCUGCUCUCACUGCAACAGUUUGACACAGAGCACUCCUUCCUCAAAGAAAUCAGACAAUUUCUUGACUCUACCUCUGCCGACAAAGUCCUCAUCAUCCAAACUGACUAUGAUGAGGCUUCCCAGAGCAUGAACAUUCUUGCAUCUGCCAAGUAUUCAUCCAUAAAUGAAAUCAACAAACCGAAAGCUAAUGGUGGCAAUGGAAGGGUGUUUGUGUACUUCGUUACCAAACUGCCUCGAAUUGAAGGUGGAACCUCCUAUGUUGGAUUCCAUGGAGGACCCUGGAAAUCAGUUCACAUUGAUGACCUUAGAAGAUCCAAAGAGUUUGUAUCAGAUGUCCAGUUCUUGAGAAACCUACCCAUCAGCCAGCUGUUUGAGGACAUGAAAGAGCCCUGUUAUGCAAUGCAACCCGAUACAGACACAGACUUCCAACCACCUGCACCAGAGCACUCUGUAAGUAUAAUGGUGGUAUUUGAUGAAGCAAUGCAACCCGAUACAGACACAGACUUCCAACCACCUGCACCAGAGCACUCUGUAAGUAUAAUGGUGGUAUUUGAUGAAGCAAUGCAACCCGAUACAGACACAGACUUCCAACCACCUGCACCAGAGCACUCUGUAAGUAUAAUGGUGGUGUUUGAUGUUGCAAUGCAAACCGAUACAGACACAGACUUCCAACCACCUGCACCAGAGCACUCUGUAAGUAUAUUGGUGGUGUUUGAUGUUGCAAUGCAAACCGAUACAGACACAGACUUCCAACCACCUGCACCAGAGCACUCUGCUGUGUUUGAAGUCACAGAUCUAGUGCGAAGCUGUGUGCAGAGUGCAGUAAGCAUGCUCAGAGAUCAGGAGGACAGUGGAGCUCUCAGCACCAGGAGGGUGGAGAUCCUGCUAACACUUAUGGAAGAUAGUGAGGACCUGAAAGCUGUGUUCCUGAAAACCCUGAGGAGCCGCCUUCACUCUCUUCUGGAGAGCCACGAGAGAAACAUCCCCUCCCCCAAGUACUGGGUGUUAACAGAGGCAUCCAACAUCAAUGCUCUUCAAGAGGGGGGAACUUUCACACAAACUCUGUGGAAGAAAAUCCAAGCAGUGGUCACACCCGUUUUGGCUCAGUUGGUCUCAGUUAUCGACAGGGACUGUAAUCUGGACCUCCUCCUAGACGUCAACUGUGGGGAAGAAGUCAAGAAACUGUGGCUGGAGAUAUUCGGCAACAACGAGAUGCUUGAUAUUCCUCUUGUCAAAGUGGAUUCCAAUUCUGAGUCUAAGACCAUUCUGGUACAGAGCCAUAUCACAGCUGAGAGGACCAUGCGCUCCAGUAUGCCCUUCAGCUGGAGGAUCAGAGAUAUCCUGGAUGAACUAAUGAUGCAAACUCAGCAGUACGAAAGACACAGUCCUAGGCAGUUCGAGGAAUUCUUUCCGAAAAUCCCCCUUGGUCAGUAUAUGGCUACGAUGAAUGAAAAAAUGCAGAGGGAAUUUUUUCAAAGGUACCUGCAGGAUUUCAUUGCCAUGACGAUGAAAGUGUCUUCAGCGGGGGAGUUAAAGCUUCUGUGUGACGCCCUGAACAGCUGUGUGAAUGAGCUCCGGAGGCGACGAAAAGCUCCAAGUGAAGAGAUUCCAUCCAUACCCCUGAUCCACUCGGCCUACCACAUGUACCGCACCCGCCUUCAGAACCUGUCCAGGAUGAUGUCCCUGCAGCCACAGGUGGCCCUUCACUUGCAGCGAAACCCACAAGUGAAGGAUAGCCCAGUGAUGGUUCUGGACAUGUACGCAGCAGUUGCCUGUGUUGAGCAGCUGGGGCCUCCUGCGUUGGACUCUAAUACCCAGUGCCAAGACUGGCUGACGCAGGUGAAAAGACUGCAGGGGUCUAUGGAGCUGGUGUGCUCCCAGGGAAGCCUGAGGCAGUAUGGAGAGAGGAGCCAGGAAAUGUUUAACUACAUCCGUAAUAAUUGGAACCACAUCUGCAUCCUCUCUCUGUUUGUGGAACACAUGCUGCUAGGCUUUGAGUUUGAGGAGAGGGAGCUCAAGCCUCUGGUCCUUGAACACACUCGUACCUUAGGCAAAAUUCUGUCAAAACAUUCAGACGUCAAAUCUGAGGAACCCUUUGCAGCCGUCAUUAAAAUACUGAAGUCAUGCAAGAAAGGAGCAAGUGAUCUUAUUUGCAAGUUUGAUCUCCAGUGCCCUGUGUGUAUGGGGGAACCAGAGGACCCCGUGGACCUGCCCUGUCACCAUAUUUUCUGUCUGACCUGUGUCAGAAGACGUGUCAACGUGGGCCAGAUGUACUGCCCCAUGUGCAAACAGGAACUCCCAGAUGACUUUGAGGUGAAAGUGUCUGAAGACGUACGAGCUUCCAUCACCCUAAAUGGCCAGUUCAGACAGAGUUGCAGUGCGUUUUUCAUAAACCUCGUCACUACUGUGUGCUUCAAGGACAACAUCCCCCCAUCAAAGGGUGUCAUCCUGCAGCUGUUGUCCUUCCUCAUGGUCGAGACAGACCCGAUUCCACUCAUCAGAGCACAAAGUCAGAUACACACCAAAGAUUUCUCACCAUUCGAUGAGUCUCUGGACAAAAAUCCUGUGGUGAGAUCAGUGAUACUCAAACUCCUGCUCAAGUACAGCUUUGAUGAAGUCAAGGAAUAUCUGCAGCAGCAUUUGACAUCGAUAGAAGAGAGCAACAUUGUCGAUGCAGAAGAUAAAAAGGAACUGUAUGCGUUGUACAUUAACUGCCUUGAGGACUCAUUGUUGGAAAGAAUGCCACAAGAAAACACCUGCCUUCAGGAAGAGACUGAGUUCUUGCAUCACUUCCUGGACUCUGUCACUGACUCGGCUGAGACGGUCACAAUAGAGUACCUGCAGCAGAUCGCUAGGGUCCGCCUGUGCCUGGGCAAGGCUGCACACCUUCUCCAUAGCAUGCUGUCUGGGGUAUGUGCAAGUCCUCAGGAUGUGGUUGAGGAGUUUCUUCGUGCUGUUAGGAACCUGUGUGAGAGGAGUGUGAACGACUGGUACCGGGUCUACCUGAUCCGCAACAUCAGCAGACAGCAGGGUGUAGAGUGUGUCCAGGGGAUGCUGAAGGAAGCUGAGUACAGGUGGCUUUUCCCUGAAGAGAUACAUCAACAGAAUGAAGAUGGUGGGCAGAUGGACCAGUAUCUGGUCUAUGGAGAGCAAUACCUGGCUGUACGGGAGGCUGUUGCCAAAGCAGUAUUAGAGGGCACUGUGGAGGACAUAGAGAAGAAGUGUGAGAGAUGUACUGCACCUCCAAAGAGGCGGACCUUGUAUAUCCUGCUGGCUCUUUUCAGAGAAGUCACCAGUCUGUACCGAGCAGCCAACACAGGCCUCCACCCCAGCCCUAAGAAAUGCCAAGAACUUGAGUACUUCAUCCAGGGUUCAAGGUACCUAGAUCCCAAGCCAGUGAGGGACUUUGCCAUGGCAUUGGUGCAGAACAGGAUGGGAGAACUGAAUGUCCACAAUGGUCGUACCGGUGCAGAGCACGUCCUUAUAGAGCUGACUGUCCACCUGGCCGCUGUGUUGCUCACUGGGACAGAAGGGGUGCUUACACCUCUUCAGCAGCUUGGCCUGACUCCUAACAACAUGCUGAGAGCCUUCAUUCCCACGAUGCCUGAAGACAUGCUGGCUAUGGCCCAAAGGGUUUUAACACAGACUGGAGGCCUUCAAGCACUCACCUGGUAUUCCUGUCCUGAAGGACACCCUUGUGCUGUUGGUGAGUGUGGUCGCCCCACCCAGCUGGCACGCUGUCUAGAGUGUGGGGCAGUAGUUGGAGGGAGGAACCAUGCUCCUGUCAGAGGUUUCAGUGCUAUGGGACUGCAGCGGGGAGAUCUGACAAGGACUGGUCACAUCCUAGGAGAACCUCAGAGGAGGGACAACCCAGACUCCCAGGACACCAAAAACAUGUCCCUCACCCCCUUCACCCUCGUCAGGCUGCUCACCCAUCUAGCCAUGCUGCUAGGGGCCUCGGAGCACCCACAGUCCGUCCAGCAGAUCAUCCAGCCUCCAGUUGCUGACCCCUGUGGAUUUCUGAUCCUUCACCUGCUAAAGGAUAUGGAUCAUGUGACCAAAGCCCUGGGGAAGGGAACAGAUGGCACGGUCACCGCCAUCCACCUGAUAAUCAGAUCCAUCCUGGAGUCACCACAGACCAAUCCAUAUACGAGUAGCUACCUCAUGGACUCUUUGUUACUAGGGAUGGCUGGCUAUGAUUCCCAACUGUCAACUAAAGAGGCCAGAAAUACCUGGGAGUCAACCGUUGCUACUGACAUCAUCACUCCUCAGUUGAAGCAUCUUGACCAGCGGCUGAGAGAGGUGAAUGCCACAAUCAGAAAUGACUCGCGUGUCUCCUCUAACUUCAUCAUGAGGGUGACAUUCGGGGAUGAGUGUCCGUUGUCCUCGCUACCUCGGGGCUCCCAGGUCCACUGUUCAGGAGUGUGGAGCUGCAGAGAGAGGGUGUCCCUACUCAGCCUCACCCACAUCGUAGAGCAGAACGACGGAAAGGACAAGCUCCCUCUACUAUGGAGGUUCCUACAGAAGGAGGCAGAGUUCCGGCUGGUGAGGUUCCUUCCAGAUAUCCUGGCCCUGCAGAAGAGUCUGGUGAAAAGGUUCCAGAGGUCAUCAGACCUGAUGAAUGACUCCAUUAGAGAGUUCAUCCAGAAACAGUCAGCACCGAUGAGAGUGUGCUAUGAGAAACGAAUCCAGAUCUUCCUGAAUACAUGGAACUUGCUCAGAUUGUCAGUAGCCACCAGUGAAAUAAAGAUCCCAGAAGAGUUCUGGAAGGAUAAUUUGGACCAGGACAGUGACCUCCAGUACCUCCUGCCACGGCGCCAGGGUCCAGGCCUGUGUUCCACCGCUCUGCUCAGUCACCUGGUGGCCCUGCACAAUGAGCUGCUUCAUGCUGUGGACCGCCACACUGGGGAAGACACCAGCUACAAGGUGAGUCUGUCAGAGCUGACAGAUCUGCAUGUGAUCCGCUAUGAAGUGGAGAAGGACCUGCUGCCCCUGGUGCUGUCAAACUGCCAGUACAGCCUGGAGCGUGGCAAGGAGACCCUGUCUGAGUACGACCUUCCCAAGAUCCAGCAGCAGGUCCUAACCCGCUUCCUGCAGGGCAAACCCCUCAUCACACUAACUGGAAUCCCGAUUUUGGUCACCAGACAUGAAAGAGAUUACGAAAGCAUUUUGAAAACAGUGAAAGGAAAAGUGUCUCAGGAGCGUCUGCCGUCCCUGACCCUCACAGCCCUGUCCAGGGAUCUGGAGUCGUACAGUGAGGUGUGUGAUGCCCUGAAGGCUAUGGAGCUGGCUCUGGGCUUCCUGUCCAUGACUGGGGGAGACACCCACAUGCCCUUGGUGCGUUACCUGGAGGACACGCUCAGGAUGAGCGAGCAGACCGAACCACACUUCUUAAAGGCUCUGGGCAGAUGCAGUCUGAAGCACUGUGUGGCUCUGUGGCAGCUCCUCUCUUCCCUCAAAUCAGAGAACAUGCUGAAGAGUCUGAAGAGGGACCCAUUCUCUGGGGUCUCGGCUGAGUACCAGAAGCACCUGGAGGAGGAGCAGAAGAAGCUGCUCCAAGGUUUCAUCACCGUGGGGAACAUCAACACCUGGCUGCUGGAGAUGCACGAGUUCCUCCUGCUGAACCUGGAGAGCCCUCGUGCCUCGGAUACCUAUGGACCACAUUGGAGUGUCAAAGAGACUUUGACUGCAUACAUGGACCGCAAAGAAGUACAAGUCCCUCCUGACGUGGAGGCUUCCUUCCCCGACGAGAUACUCCUCUCACAGAUUGUGGAGACCUGGAAAUUUACUGUGACUUACAAACAAGAAUGGAUGAUGUAAUCAAUUCCACCUGAACGUGAUUUGUAAAGGACUAUACUGGAUCACCGGGGAAAUGUUAGAAUAGAACACAAGUGCUUCUGAUUGUAUGUGCUUUCUCCAGUGGUCUCACAGUAUGUGCCACACUGUGCCACACUGACACACCAUACUUAGAUACUAAGAGGAUUUAUAACUGGUAUGUGGGGAAUCUUGCCUUUCUCCUUACAAAACCUGCCUUGAAUGCAACAUUUUCUCAGGAGAACAUUCCAAAUAUCAUUUUUUUGCUUAGACUAUGGGGUUGGUUCAAUACGUAUCGCUGAUGUUCAGGGCAAUAGCGCAAUUGAAUAUUAAAGGCAUUGUUACUGCGUUCGCAUGAGACUGCAUUCACGGUAAACGCUGCAUAUGUCGGCUCAAUUGGAAAUGACCUUUACAUUUUAAGCGCGCCAUAGCGGUGGACUUCGGGUAAACGGAUUGAAUCAAGCCUUAUUUUAACCAAACUGUGUUUACAGAAUGUUUUAUGAAAUCAUUUUUGUUAUUAGAUGUUUAUUUUUUGUACAUUAUUUGAGAGACUAACUCCAGUGCAGUUUUUAUGUUUACCACAUGUUUAUGUUAUGCUCUUCUCUUUUACACAUUGUACUUUUAAAUGGGUUUAUAUUUGGGGAGAAUAUUGGUGGUUGGUGUCAUUUUAAAGUUAAUAUUUCCAAACAUUAUGUUCAGAUCAGUGCAAUAAGCAUCCGCUUGAGGGUGCUAUUGGCCCACAUUUUGUCAUUUACAGUCCUGAAGAUCUAAAAUCAAGUUUGUUAAAUACAUGACCUAAUAAUUUUAUCUGCCUGGUUUUAAUGUAUUCUGGUUGAAUAUGACUACAUUAUCUUCUUCCAUUUGUUUAAAAAAAUGUGUCCAAAUCAUGGCAUCUUGAAAUAAAAGGGCUGGUGCUGUCAAGAGGGA